GAAAAACGUUUAAACUUACAUAACCCUAAAAAAAUAUCCUUGGAAGCCCGAAAAAAGGAAGCGUCUUUUACUAAUUAUUCCAAAAAUCUUGAAUAAAUUGAAGCUCCAGCAAUAAAGAGAUUGUCUUUGAAAAGAUCGAAUAUGGGGAAUAUGGCGGGCAGAGAUUCCGGGGAUUCCGGAGAGCCAGCGAGGGAGUCUCAUGAGCUAUAUAGUAAAUUGUGCCAGAUCCUCGGUGGAACCAGGACCGAGGCCAAGGUUUUCAAUGAUCUUAGAAGGAUGCGUGAGAAGGAGAAAUCAUGGAAAACAUCCCACAGCAAGCAAAUUGAUUAUGUCUUCAAGUUGCUGCAGCAGUACAAUCUUUUCCCGGAUUUUGCAAAGCACACUGAGGAGAAAAACGACCGGAAGUCAGAAAAAUUCCGUCAGAAGGGCAACUUCUUGUUUAACUCUGAAUCUUACGUGGAGGCAAUUGCUGAGUACAACAGGAGCAUUUGCUAUGCUGUCACGAAGGAGAAUAUCAGCAUUGCUCUGGGUAAUCGUUCAGCAGCAUUUUACAGAAUGAAAAUGUUCCGGGAGUGUCUUGAGAGCAUCCGAUUGGCACGAGAAUUUGGGUAUCCUGAUCGUCUGAAGGAUAAGCUUGAUGAGAGAGAAGCAGCGUGCAAGAUUGCACUGAAGAAUGCACCAAAACAGGAAGUUUUUGUGCCAAAGAUUGGAAUGCCUGCGAAUGAGAUGAUUCCCUUUCUGGCCAAUUGCUUGAAAUUGCGGGAGAAUGAGUACUUUGGACGACACGUGGUAACUGAGGAGGACAUUCCGGCGGGAACAAUUAUUGCCUUGGAAGAACCAUUCUGCAAGAUGCUCCUGUAUUCGGAAGAGUACUUGAGGUGCACUGUAUGCCUGGCAGAUCUUCCGCAUCUUCUGCUCCCUUGUGACACUUGCACUCAGGCCAUGUUCUGCUCCGAGGAGUGCAAGGAGAAAGCUUCUGGGGGAUUUCACGCCAUUGAGUGCCCAAUUACUUCAGCCAUGACGAAGAUCUUUGAUGACAAUGUUCGGCUGUCUCUUCGGAUGGUCCUUUGUGCUUUCUUGGCAUUUCCUGACGCGGAAACAAUGGCUUCAGCACUGGAGACGAUCAACAGAGAGAAGAAAAAUGCAUUUAGCUUCGAUUGGAGGCAGGAACUCUCACCGGAAGAACUCUUCACGCCAAUUCACACUCUGGUCAUAAAUGAGGAUAAAAUUCGUGAAAAACACCUCUUUGUGACGUACUACAUGUCCUGUCUGCUGUUCAACAUCCUCAAGGAGCACUGCAAGAUCUUCCGUGAGCGCUACCUCACCAAUACUCUGGCAGAAGAUACUUUCAAAAACAUCAUCUUCCGGCACCUCUUUAUCGUUCCCAGGAAUGCGUAUUGUCUCCAGAGUGUAAUUGAUUUAAAAACUCUGGACUUUAAAGAAUACGGAUCUGCUGUUUUUGCCUUCAAGAGUCUCCUGAAUCACUCUUGCUCUCCCAAUACCGUGUUGGUGCCAAUGGGAAGCACAAUAGGGACAGUCACGAUCAAGAACAUCGAAGCUGGGGGGCAAAUCUUCGGCAAUUACGGUCCUCAUCACAAGAUACUUUGGAGAGAAUUUCGCCAAGAUGAACUUCAGGCAAAAUACAAUUUCCUCUGCCAAUGCGUGGCCUGUGUGAAGAACUUCCCAACGUACCGGGAACUUCCGCCUCUGGGAAGUCAUCCGCAAUUGCAACUCACUCUGACGCGUGAGCUUCAGCAAACAAAACGGAUUUCAUUGAAGACUGCAAAGAAAAGUCUUCAGAAGGCAAUUGAUUACAUUCAAAAGUACAAGCAUCUCUACCCCAUUCGUCAGCUCUGUGAUGCAGAAGAGGAGAUAAAGUUCUGCUACGACGUAAUGGGUGGAAAUAUUUCACUUCAAAUGCGGCAGGAGAUUCAUCAGAAUUCCUAAGAAAAUCAUUCUUCAGAAUUACACAAAAAAAAAUCAUUUAAAAAUCUCCUUUUCACAACACUGUAACGAGCCUAUCUUACGUUGAUUUUUCUUUAAUUAUUAUUAAUUUGAUUUCAUUAAUUACCAUGAAUUACUCCAGAUGAAACAAGCCUGAAAAAAUCCUUUUUAAAAGGUUUUUAAUCUGAAUUUCAUUUUGUAAUGAUUUUUAUGAAGUAAAAAGGGAAGUAAAGAGUUACUUGCUAAAUUGAAUUAAAUAAAAUAUUUUUUAUGAUA